AUGAGCGACGACGAAGCAGAUCCAGAGCUUCUAGCUCUUCUUCGCCAGUCGCUUGGCAUUGGCGUGACUCGUAGUGAUGAAGUCUCGGAAGAUACAGGUGUCCUGAAGGACGCCGAAUACAUCUACAAAAACUCCAUCGACGUGAUACCGGACAUGCUAGGAACCAAAUCCGCCGCUCUCCAAAUCCACAAAUUAAUGCAGGAACGUUCUUACUCGACCGCCGUCUGGAGCGAGCAUGAUUUCCAUCCUAGUGCAGCCCAGGGCUUCUCGGAUGUAGAUAUGGUCAACUUCAUCUUUACCAUGGAUUUGUUGAAUUUCUCCUUCUGGUCUGAGAAGGAUGAGAGUGAAAGAUUUCAGGUUGAGUAUCAGGGUCAGAGGUGUACGGGGUACAAGAGUCUUGUUGCUGCGCUGAGGCGAGCAUUGGAGGACGGCGUGCCUAUCACCACGCCUGCUUUUUGGCGGAGUGAGGAGAUGACAGAGCAGGUGUUCGAGGGAGUCUUCAGGAGUGCCACCAACGAGCGGAUGCCUAUGCUUCAGCAGCGGAUUGCAGUGCUGAAGGAAGCCGCCGAGUUAUUGCAUGAGAGUUUCCGGGACCCUGAUGAGGCUGCGCAUGCCGAUCAGACGAUGGAAGAUACUCGAUCAACGAUCGAGCGCGGUGUCGCACAUACCACUGGCGAGGAGAACGCAACACAGGCAGAACCAGAUCUGACAAGCCCUGAGGCUGCCUUAGAGUCCGUAGCGACAGGUGUGCCCGUCGAAAUGGGGAACAAUGUAUCAGAGCGGACUGAGCCGAGUCCUUUGGGGAACAGCACUGCCGCAAUCAAUGCAACUGCCAAUGGCUUAGUAAUCGAAGCUGAAGAGCACGAAACCACAGCUCCUACGAAGCUCGAGUCCGAGGUCAAAGCAAUACCUGCAGCGGAUACACCAAAACAUCAUCCUCUUCCACCCGAUCACUCAGUCCUCUGGCUCAUCCAAAAAGCAGAUCAUUCCGCCGGCAAGCUCGUGAACCUUUUGGCAAAACACUUCCCUUGUUUCCGGGACGAAGCGCGCUUCGACGGCCGUCGGAUACGUUUCCUCAAACGCGCACAAAUUUUCGUUGCAGACCUCUGGGCUGCUUUCCAAGGGACGGGAUAUGGAGAGUUCCGAGACAUUGGACAUUUAACCAUGUUUGCUGGUACGUUGGACCACUGUUCAGAGCAAAAGAAAAUUCCCUGUUGCGAUUUUGCUCGGGAGGGGUAUGAAACAUGA